UACGUUCGAACAUUGUUAGAAAUAAGUGCUUAAUGUGACUAAUAAAACUAAUCUACAUUAUAUGAUUCUUAACAGUAUACGAUUUUAAUCUUUCUAAUUUCUCAUUAAAACAAUAUUUUGUGCUUAUUUGUUUAAAACAAUUGAUCAACGUCUUAAUAAUAAUUGUAUUAAUAUAAUAAUACGUAAGAUUGUAAGAAAAAUUAAGUCAUACAGUAAGGAACGUUCCCGAACGUUGAAUAUUGACAAAAUAUUUUGAAUAAAUAACUUSUUCUUCUUCUUCUUCAAACAAAAUAUUGUACAUAUAGAAAUGUCAAAAGAGCAUCAACUACCUUCUGAUUCUGACGACGAUGACGACGAGGAUUAUGUUCCUGAUGGGGCUGACAAUGAACCUGUAUCUGAAGUUGAUUCAGAAGGUGAAGUAGAAAGUGGACCAGAGGAUGAAAAUGAUGAAAAUAAAAGAGAAACUGAUAAGACAAUAAGUAAAAAGAGAAGAAAUCAGACUGUUAAAGAUAAAAGUACAAAGCGUAAGAAAAGAAUAAAAAGAAAAUUAAAAGAGACAGAUGAUUCGAAAGAAGAAGAAGAAGAAGAGGAUGAAAACAAAUCUGAGACAGCGGAGAAGAAAGAACUUACGGAAGAAGAAGAAAAGAAAAGAGCGGAUUCAUUAUGGGCAGAUUUUAUGAAAGAUACUGCUGUAGCUUCAAAACCCAAACAACAAAGCCCAAUGAAUGGACCAAAAGAAAAAUCUUCACCUUUAAUCAAACCCAAAGUGGAAGAAAAAGUAAAGAUAACCAAAAUAUUUGAAUUUGCUGGUGAAGAGGUAAAAAUAGAAAAAGAAGUUUCUGUAGAUUCAGCAGAAGCUAGACUAUCCUUACCAUCAGCUGAAUAUUCAACGAAAACAGAUGCCUGUAGUUCUCCUGCAGGAAGAGGAAGAGGAAGAGGAGGAGUUGGAAGAGGAGUUAUGAAAAGGGGUGGAUUGGGUGGUAUUUCAUCUGUUUUGGGACAGAUUGGAAAGAAAGCUAAGAUCAGUACAUUGGAAAAAUCUAAACUUGAUUGGGACAAUUACAAAAAGCAGGAAAAUAUUGAAGAAGAAAUUGUAAAUCAUAACAGAGGAAAGGAUGGAUAUUUGGAGAGACAAGAUUUUCUUCAAAGAGCAGAUUUACGACAAUUUGAGAUUGAAAAACAAUUGCGUAAUACUAGUAGACGCAGUACACGAUAAGUCAAUGGUACGGUGAGAUAAAAAAAAAAA